UUUUUAUUUUUUUAUACUCGGAUAGUUUGAUUUACUUCCCAAAUGGUAGCGAAGAUGAUUGGAGCUGCUUAUCUACAAGAUGGAGGCGAAAUAGGCAGCACUGCAUGCCAUCCUUCUUGUUCACCUGUUGGACCUAAGGGCUUUGUAUUUCGGCAUGUCUUGAAGCCUUGGGCUUGUACUGAACUUUUUCAUCAAUGAAUUUUCUCUCUGGUAAAAGAAAAUUGGGCAUCUCCCCUACACUAGAAAUCAUACCCGAUUACAAUGGAGCUUAAAAGAAAUGUGGAAGUUCAGGAAAGACAUCAGGCGAAGGAAAGCUCAACCUUAGAAAAAGCUUGUACUUGUUUAGCUUAGCCCAAUUUAAUCCCGGCACUAAGCAUUAAUUUCAGUAACGCGCUCGUUGGAAAAUCCGGUACGAAUUAACCAUCGAUGGCGACUGACUCACUGCCCAACCCAAAUAAGCGCCUCAAAUCCCUUCUCUCCGAUUCCUGCUGCACAAUUAAAGAAGAAAACCAUCAGUACGAAUCCGAACGAGAGCAGGAGGGGGAAGAAAAUCAAUCGCAGCGGGACCAAUUAGUCUCAGUCUCAAUGUUCGGUGAGGAUUCGUUGAGCUGCGGAAUCUGUUUGUCUGAUCAUGCGAGCGCAAUCAGAGGCCAAAUCGACAGCUGCGAACACUUUUUCUGCUUCGUUUGCAUCAUGGAGUGGGCUAAGGUCGAGUCUCGUUGCCCCAUGUGUAAAAGCCGUUUUACCACCAUUCGUAGACCCCCAAAGGACGGCGUGUUUUCCUCAGAACGCAUUGUUAAUAUCCCUAAACGCGACCAAGUUUACCAUUUUUCCAGAAACACCACCAAUGGGCCUUUUGAUCCGUAUGCACAAGUUCAAUGUAGUAUCUGCUGUCUAGGACGAGAUGAAAAUCUUCUACUACUUUGUGAUCUUUGUGAUUCUGCUGCCCAUACCUAUUGUGUUGGUCUCGGAGCCACUGUACCUGAAGGUGAUUGGUUUUGCCAUGAUUGUGCUGUUUCUAGGACUGAACAUGACAAUAUUCAAAAAGAUGAUGACAAUAUGAAUCAGGAUUUAUAUGUGAAAUCCCUGGUAAUGCUAGCGGCUGAAUCACGUGUUUCCAUGUUUAAUGAUGUUGUUGACAAUCAAAACACCUCAGGAAACACUAAUGUCUUGGCAGUGGAUGAGGCAGAUGUUUCCAUUUUUGAUAUUGUUCGUGAAUCAGAUGACCAAUUGUUUCGCAGGCCACGAACAAGAUUCUCCUGUGAGAGGCAACAUAGUCUUGCAAAUGAAUUGACUCGGCCAGGAGAAAUAACUCCUCAAUUUGGGUCAGUUGAAGGAGCACCUCAGAGUGAUGCAGAUAAGGUAACUCAUUCUGGUGCCAGAACAUUGAGUCGAUGUCGCAAUGUGCAAGGUUACAUACGAGCACUGCGUGAAAAUUGGAAUUCCUUGCGAAGUGGGUCCUUGAGAUUCUCUUCUGGUCCAAGGGAAUCUAGUAUCGGAAAAUGUAAUACUCUUGCACUAUCACAUGACAAUUCAGGCAUAGCACAAUCCUUGUCUUCCAUAACUGCUCAUGAACUGACAACCAAAGAUAGCUUACCUGGCAUCUUAGUGCAAGAUAGACAUUCUCAUGAUAUCGACAAGGCAUGGAAAAUGAUGGACAAGGCAAAGUCAGUACAAAAAGCUUGUAGAAGAACCAAAAGUGUUCAUUCGGAGUCAAAAAGUCAUGACAAUAAGGGCAAUUCUUCAAGAAAAGCAAUUGAUGGAAGUCCAAGUCUGCAUUUGCCAAGAAGCCAACAACUUGGAACUCCAGGGCUGGGGAACACUGGGACUGAGAAGCAGUAUAAGCAUUGUUCUCCUGAAAAGCAAACCAACAUGCAUAUAUUCACUAAGUUGAAAAUGCAAAAGCAUUCUAAGGUGGCGAUGAAGGAAAUUGUAGAAUGUACUGACACUCUACCAACUAUUUGUUCACCACAAUUUUCUGUAUCUGCGUCUUCUUCGAAGGUGCAGACCAGCAGUCCAAGGGCUUCUGAAUCAUCAAACACCAAAGAAGACCUCAGUGGAUUGUCCUCCUGUAAGGUAGACUUUCCCAAGGGAGAAGUUAAAAUGGAAAAGGUUUGCGCUGAAAGCAAGGCCAGAGAAGAUGACGGUGCUAAGAGUGAGAUCCAGUCUCUUGUCAAGCUCAACUUAAAGCUUCUAAACAGAGAUAAACAAUUAGAAAUUAAUGCAUUCAAGGAAGUUGCAAGGCUUGCCACGCAUACCAUUUUGGCUGCUUGUGGUUUUGGGCACUCAAGGCAUGCUGUCCACUCUGUCCCAAGUUGUGUGUGCGGACAUUCUGAACGCACUCAGCAACUCCGUAAGUCCACUCUAAUGCCAAAUUCAUGCCGAGAAUGCUUUUAUGUCUUUGUAAAGGAUGUUGUUAGCUCAAUUCUGUCCGAGAAAGUAUCCCAUGCUAAGUCAUGAGAAAUUCUCUCAUAAAAUAUUGGAACUGCCAAUCUACAGAGUGCUUUUCCUUUCCUAUACUUCUCAUUUCACUGAAGACACCUGAAUCUUCUUUUUGCCUUCUCUCUAUACCACGCUAGAGACAUUAGCAUAAGUCAUCUUGGCAGCACAUAUGAGCAAGAUGCCUUCUCCACCUUUCUUUCUGUGUAGCCAACUAGUUUGGGAUUUAGACUUAGUUGUUGUUGUUGUUGUAUUCAAAGCCUUCUGUAAAAGUUAAUGCUUUGUAUAUAUUUCUGUUUAUACAUACUUGUAACUUAACAUUCUGCAGCAAUAAUUGAAGUUACUGCGUCAUUGCAAAAUAGAAA